GCUUGGCCGUGCGAGCGGCCGUCCCCCUCCCCGGAGAUUUUCCCCGGGUGAGGGCGCUCGGGGUUACCGGCUCGUCACCGGCUCCCGGGGCCGGCGCGGCACGCUGAGCUGGGAAGGCAGCGGGCGAGGGAAGCAGCCACGCGAAUCUCUCUGUAUCCGGCUUCGGGCAGAGGCGGCGACCAUAGCGCGGAGGGAGCGGGAAGGGAGGGGAAGCGGCGGGAGGUGCCGCCUGCCGGGCUGUGGAGGUGCUGAAAAGGAGGGCUGCAGCAGCUCCCAGCAGCAGGCUCGAGGACAUUUCCCCCUCACCCCUACAGGAGCGUUACAAUUUCAGCUGCCAAAUCUGUGGAGGAGAGAGACUUUCGCACAACCGCCCCCCCCUCCCAAUCUUAAAUAUACAAAAAGCGGAAGAGGAGCCAGCAGCAGGGGAAGGGGGUGGAGGGGAACGGCAAUAUUGUUGCAGCUAUAGUGGCCGAGGCUGAUGGCGGAGUUUGGCAGCAGGGGUGCUGCUACUGGUAGCACCAGGGGCGGGGGGCUUCCCUCGUCCCCGGGUCCUGUCCAGGGGCAGGUGGCUUUCAAGGCAGGAGAUGGGGAAGGCGGAGGAGACGACGGCGGCGGCGGCAGAUCCUAUGUUGACAGUGCAGGCGGCGGGGUCUCCAAUGGGGACUGCGCUCUGGUCGGAGAGGAGACGGGAUCAGCCCAGCCCGGCGGCAAGAGAGGAUGUUCCACUAUACAACAGAGGGAAAGCAAAUCCGGCAUCCCCCGGAGGAGCAGUAUCAUCAAGGAUGGUACAAAACAAAAGAGAGAACGGAAGAAGACUGUGUCAUUUAGCAGCAUGCCGACUGAGAAGAAGAUCAGUAGUGCAAGUGACUGUAUUAAUGCAAUGGUUGAAGGCUCUGAGCUCAAAAAGUUUCGGUCCAACUCUAGAGUAUAUCACCGGUACUUUCUUUUAGAUGCAGAUAUGCAGUCCCUGCGUUGGGAACCUUCAAAGAAGGAUUCAGAAAAAGCAAAGAUUGAUAUUAAAUCAAUCAAAGAAGUGAGAACAGGAAAAAAUACAGAUAUAUUCCGCAGCAAUGGAAUUUAUGACCAGAUAUCAGAAGACUGUGCAUUUUCCAUUAUUUAUGGAGAUAAUUAUGAGUCUCUAGAUCUCGUUGCUAACUCAGCAGAUGUUGCAAACAUUUGGGUUACUGGGCUAAGAUACCUAAUUUCUUAUGGAAAACAUACACUAGAUAUGAUAGAAAGUAGCCAAGAUAAUAUGCGGACUUCAUGGGUUUCACAAAUGUUCAGUGAAACUGAUGCAGAUAAUUUUGGACAUAUAGCCCUGUAUAAAGCUGUGCAGUUUAUAAAAAAAUUAAAUCCGGGUUUAAAAACAAGUAAAAUUGAGCUGAAGUUCAAAGAGUUACAUCGAUCCAAGGACAAAACUGGUACUGAAAUCACAAAGGAAGAAUUUAUUGAAGUUUUCCAUGAGCUUUGUACCCGACCUGAGAUCUACUUCUUAUUGGUUCAGUUUUCCAGCAAUAAAGAAUUCCUAGAUACCAAGGACCUUAUGAUGUUUUUAGAAGCAGAACAGGGAAUGGCACAUGUCACAGAAGAAAUAAGCCUUGAAAUUAUUCACAAAUAUGAACCAUCAAAUGAGGGCCAGGAAAAGGGCUGGCUCUCUAUAGAUGGUUUUACUAAUUAUCUUACUUCACCUGACUGUCAUAUAUUUGAUCCAGAGCAUAAAAAAGUUUGUCAGGAUAUGAAACAACCUUUAUCCCAUUAUUUCAUAAACUCAUCUCACAAUACAUACUUGAUAGAGGACCAGUUCCGAGGUCCAUCUGAUAUCACAGGAUAUAUUCGUGCUCUUAAAAUGGGUUGCCGAAGUGUUGAAUUGGAUGUAUGGGAUGGUCCAGAUAAUGAGCCUGUAAUUUAUACAGGACAUACAAUGACAUCACAGAUAGUCUUCCGCAGUGUAAUUGACAUUAUUAACAAGUACGCAUUUUUUGCUUCAGAAUACCCUCUUAUUCUGUGUUUAGAAAAUCAUUGUUCUAUUAAGCAGCAGAAAGUAAUGGUUCAACACAUGAAAAUUUUGGGGGACAAGCUACACACACAGUCUCCAAACAUAGAAGAGUCUUAUCUUCCCUCACCUGACUCACUUAAAGGGAAAAUACUAAUUAAAGCAAAGAAGCUUUCCUCUAAUUGCUCUGGGCAAGAGGGAGAUGUUACAGAUGAAGAUGAAGGAGCAGAAAUGUCACAAAGAGUAGGGAAAGAGGGAGCAGAACAACAGAACACUGUGAUAGUGAAACGAUUUCAGCUUUGCAAAGAGCUUUCCGAAUUGGUAAGCAUAUGUAAAUCAGUUCAGUUCAAAGAGUUUCAAGUCUCAUUUCAGCUUCAGAAAUACUGGGAAGUUUGUUCAUUUAAUGAAGUGCUUGCUAGCAAAUAUGCCAAUGAAUAUCCAGGAGAUUUUGUAAAUUACAACAAACGUUUUCUUGCCAGGGUUUUUCCUAGUCCUAUGAGGAUUGACUCUAGUAAUAUGAAUCCCCAGGAUUUUUGGAAGUGUGGCUGUCAGAUAGUAGCCAUGAACUUUCAGACACCUGGCCUAAUGAUGGACCUUAACAUUGGUUGGUUUCGACAAAAUGGGAAUUGUGGCUAUGUCCUUCGUCCUGCCAUCAUGCGAGAGGAAGUAUCCUUCUUCAGUGCAAAUACAAAAGAUACUGUGCCUGGAGUUUCACCUCAACUUCUUCAUGUUAAAAUUAUUAGUGGGCAAAACUUUCCUAAACCCAAAGGGUCAGGUGCCAAAGGUGAUGUUGUAGAUCCUUAUGUAUAUGUAGAAAUUCAUGGAAUUCCAGCAGACUGUGCAGAAAAAAGGACAAAAACUGUGCAUCAGAAUGGAGACAAUCCAAUUUUUGAUGAAAGUUUUGAAUUUCAAAUUAAUCUUCCUGAACUAGCCGUCAUGCGUUUUGUAGUACUAGAUGAUGAUUACAUUGGGGAUGAAUUUAUUGGGCAGUACACUAUUCCCUUUGAGUGUUUACAGACAGGCUAUAGGCAUGUUCCACUGCAAUCUUUAACUGGAGAAAUUUUAGCACAUGCUUUCUUGUUUGUACAUGUUGCCAUUACUAAUCGAAGGGGUGGUGGGAAACCUCAUAAACGGGGCCUCUCAGUGAGGAAAGGAAAGAAAUCCAGGGAAUAUGCCUCUAUGAGAACAUUAUGGAUUAAGACCAUAGAUGAAGUAUUCAAGAAUGCUCUCCAGCCUAUACGGGAUGCUACGGAUUUGAGAGAAAAUAUGCAGAAUGCAGUCGUUUCAUUCAAAGAAUUAUGUGGCCUUUCUCCUGUAGCAAAUCUUAUGCAGUGUAUUCUGGCAGUGUCUACCCGCUUGGUUGGACCUGAGAGUACACCACUGGUACUACUGAAUCUCAGUGAUCAGUAUCCCACUAUGGAGAUACAAGGGACUGUUCCAGAGGUCUUGAAAAAGAUUGUAACUGCGUAUGACAUAAUGAUUCAGACCAUCAAGACUCUGAUUGAAAAUGCAAAUAGUGUAUAUGAGAAGAUAGUACAGUGUCAGAAGGCUGCAAUGGAGUUCCAUGAAAACCUGCACAAUAUAGGAGCAAAGGAAGGCUUAAAAGAAAGGAAACUACAAAAAGCAGUAGAGAGUUUUACCUGGAAUAUUACAAUUUUAAAGGGACAAGCUGAUCUUCUAAAAUAUGCUAAAAAUGAGACAUUGGAGAAUCUGAAACAAAUCCAUUAUGCCGCUCUUUCAUGUGGACUCAAUAAACCAGGCACUGAAAAUGCAGAAGUCUCAAAGCCCCGUCGAAGCCUGGAGGCCAUACCUGAAAAGUCAAGUGAUGAAACUGGAGAAUGAGGGAACUUUCUGCUCAUAAUUCUGGAGUUUAUAACUCUGCAACCAAUUGUAGCUGCACAGGACAUUUGCUUUGCACUUAAUAUUGAAAACUAUAUUUGGAGUUUUUAAAGCACAACUGGAAAAGCUAAUUACAAUCUAUUAAAACUGUGAAUGUACGUUGCAAUUCUGCGUGUGACGGCAAUGAGAUUGUUUAACAUGGAAAUUAUCUUGCUGGCCAAAAUGUAUAUUUGUAAAAUAUAUCAUAAUUCAGUAACGUGUGCUGAAAAGGGGAGGUGGAUUCCUAGGUUAGACUGUGACUGUGCUUGAUUUUCAAAAUAAUUAGGUGUGCAAUUCCUUGAUUUUUGUGCAAAAUUCAGUAAUUGUUUGUAAUACAUAGGUAUGCAAUUGUGCACCUAACUUAUGAAAAUCAGGUCAAUAAAAUGAAUUACACAUUCCCUAAAAAAUGUGGAUUUUAUUUUAGACACUUGAGGGUAUUUGGGUUUGAAGGGGAAUAUUUUUUUUCUUGUUGAGCCAUAAAUAAAAAGGAGAAUGUAACUAGACAGUGCUCACUGACUCUUCAGUGCACUAUAGGACAGCCAUUGUGCGAAAGGAAAAUGUGCAAUCAGUCUGAUAUAGCCUAGGUCUGAAGAAGAUACAUACCUAUGAACUUCAGCAAAUGUGUAUAGCUAAUGUAGAAGUGACCAAACUGCAAGUAAAGUGUUGUAAAUAAUUUUUCAUUCUGUGAAGUGAAGUGUUCACAUUAAAAGCAAGUUUUGUGAUAUCACUCCCAUGCAAGUAAAGCUUUUAACUAAACUUUAACUUUAUUUUUCAGUUUAAAAAUAUUUUCUUCUAUACAUAGUAGGUGAUAUCUCAGUUAUGAGGUUUGUCAGAAACCUGUUUCUGUUAUUUAUUUUAGAUAAAGGUACAGUUGCUAAUGUACUCAUAAAAUUGUUAGACAAACCUAGAGUCAUCUAUUUGGGCUUCUGAUUUAACAAUAAAGUGCAGUGUAUCAUCACACAGUGCACUAUUUUCAAAGAAAAAUAAGAUUAAAAUGCAGCUUCUAUUCAGCAGGGGGGAUUUUAUUGAAUCCUUGAGUGGCACUUUACACCACACUGAGGUUUCACUUAUACCAAACCAAGGCCCUGAUUCUGCAAUGAAAGCUGUGUGAGUGGACCUCUGCAUCUACACAGAAUCUUGUUGACUUUAAUGGAGCUCUCCCUACAGGCAGCAAUUCGCCUGCCUGGAUCUGAUUACACCAUAAUCUUUAGUCAUUAAAAAAGUUGAACGCACUCCAUGCAGUACCCUUUGAAGUUGCUUUUCUAAAUGACAUUCUGUACAGAUUAGACGCUGAUUGCUGCUCACUCAACUCCCAGUGAGCAGAUCAUAUACUGCAAGCCCAAAAUAUUGUGCUCCUACUUAGGCAAAACUUCCAUUGACUGCCAUAUAAAGAUGUAAGAAUAUGGCCCAUAGUCCUCAUUGCUCUUUAAGUGAUCUUUCCCAAGGCUGUCAGCUGUGAGAUCUCUGAUUCCAGUUCUUAGUAGUAGUUAAUACCAAAUUAGUCUGCAUGGGCCAAAUGCAUCCCUGAUGUAUUUUUCACAAACUAAGUGGGAAUGAGGAAUGAACUGGGCUACAAAUGUACAAGGGUAAUUUCACUGUAAACAAAUAUUUAGCAGAAACUUCAAUAACCUACUUGCAGUGCGUGUUUACUGACAACUUUUGAUUCAAGCAGAAAGCCAGUAGCUUUAGGAAACAUCACUAUAAUGUGUAUCACCCUUAAAUACGACCACAAGUCAACAAAGCUCCAAUAGGAAUCCUGGCCAGCAUCACUUUGCACCACCCACAGUAUGGCCCAUUAUAACACACCAUAAAUGAGACUGUUUCUUAAACUACACAUAAUCAGAAUUCUGCCAUCUCAGGUACUCAUUCCAUUUACACGUUUCUUUAAGGCACAUCUCCUUGAAGCAGCUCAGGGAUUAAGAUUUGCCUAAGAUAUUAUUUGUUUCUUUGUUCAAAAGGCAAGCAAACUAAAAAAGAAAGAAAAAAAAAGGCAGUAUACUGCAUGACUUACAUCUGACCUAUGAGUAAUUUUAAAUUAGGGAUUAAACUUUGAAACCAAAAGUACAUGGGACUGCAACUAAUCAUGACUCCAUCCUUACUAAAUGUACAGUUACCCAACACAAAGAAAACUAGUAUUUCCAAAAAUGAUUCCAUUGUGAUGCCUUUAUCACGUGCAUGCUUAGGUAAUGCAGAAAAGCACAACUAAAAAUAAAAUGUAUUCAUUCAACCUAAAAAAACCCCACCACCCAAAACAGCAACAUUUUACAUUCUAGUAUUGCUUUCAGUUGCUUUGAAUGGAAACCAUGCAUGGCCCAGAGCUGUAUCUAAUAUGUCUUAAAAUGAGCUUAUAAGACACAUCAACAAUGAGAUGGACUUGGAUAUCCAGAAGGCGUAUGCAUCUUGCACUUUAGAAGAACUAAGUGUUUACACUUGAAAUGAUGCUUGUGGUAAUUCAGGCAUUGUAAAUUCAGGACCAAAGUUGUCAAUGAGGUUUCUUCAAUUAUGUUUCCUUAAUAAGGAGUCCUUGUAUCCUUAAUGCAACUUAUUUUAUUUGCUACUCCAUUUUUAACACUGUUUAUUUUCAGGUUAUAAAUGAAGACGUUUGCUGGUUGUUUUCUAGGUAUUCCAUUCAAAACAAAACCAACCACGGCUGGUUUUAACUUUAUAUCCUUUGUUUUCAUUGAUUUUCCUUAUACAUUCUGUACACGUUUGAAUUGUGAUAAAUGUUCCCCAAAAAUGGA